CUUUACCACAUAAUCUCCCGCAAAAAAUGGAGAAAGAGUACCACAGCAUAAAAGUAUGGAAUUACGAGAUCAAGUUUCCCUUCGAAAGAUAUGACAUCCAGAGGGACUACAUGCUCAGAGUUAUCAAAGCAUGCAAGAAAAGAGAAAACGCAUUACUAGAGAGUCCUACAGGAACAGGAAAAACUCUGUGCCUCCUUUGAGCCUCUUUGGCAUGGCUAGAGGAAGCUAAGACUGAAAGACAAGAUCCUAGUUCCUUUGAGAAAUGUCUUUCAAGACCUAAGAUAAUUUACUGCUCAAGGACUCAUUCUCAGCUUGCCCAAGUCAUGGAUGAGCUGAAGGCAACUCCUUAUAGACCAAGGACAGCUCUGGUAGCCUCCAGAGAUCACAUGUGUAUUCAUAAUGAAAUCUCUAAAGCUAGCGGAAUGAGUCUGAAUAUCGCUUGUAAUGAAGCAAUCCGAGGUGGAUUCAAUGGCAUCCGUUGUCAUUAUAAAGAAGGAAUUGAGAGACAAUUGAAGGUAGAGCAAUUUAAAGACACCUGGGGUAUCCAAGACAUAGAAGAUCUCCAUGAAUUUGGCAAAGCCAAAUAAUGUAUGUCCUUAUUUCCUCAACAAAGAGAGAGCAAUGAAGGCAGACCUGAUAUUAAUGCCCUAUAAUUACCUCAUCGAUGAGAAAAUUAGAGAGAAUUUCGACAUUGACUACAAAAAUGCCAUUUUGAUUAUCGAUGAAGCCCAUAAUGUUGGUGGAGUUUGUGAAGAAGUAGCCAGUCUCGACAUCAGUGAAAUUAAACUAGAUAGUAUAAUCAAAGAGAUAUCUUCACUCAAAAAGGCAAUUCAAAACAAAAGUGAAUUUGGCAAGACCUAUAUGAAGGAUGAUCAAGCUGAUAUUACCACAACAGAGGCUGAGUGCAUCCAACUUCAAGGUAUGGUUGAAACUAUGCUCAAAAAUAUCAAACAAAGAAAAGUAUCACCAACCAACUGGCCCACUUUUCAGAAAAGAGAUGGAUUUCUAGUGUCCAAAUUUGAAAAUAUCUUCAAAGUACUGGCAGAUAUAUCAAGGGAUAAGAGCCAGACUAGCUUGGAUAGCUAUAAAGGACAAACUCGGAACAUUAGAGCUCCUGUAAAAACAAAGGUAGUCCCUCAAUAUGAAGAAGAGGAUAAAAAUGAAAAUACAUCUCCUAAAAGACAGUUGCCAAGUUUCCUUCAAUCUGCCAGAUCAAACAAAAUUAAAGAAGAGAGUAUUGCUGAUGACUUAGAAUCUUACGGGAGAAACUCUGCACUCAACGAGGUAAAUUCCGAGAAUAUCACCGCAUGGACUAACAUCCUAAGGGAUGCGGUUAAGGACCUUACCAAACUCAUAAAGAAAGAGAAUAAUAAAGUUCUUCACAUCGAAGAUCUCUCUCAAGCUUUUGGAAACAUCAGGCGGAUAAAUGAUAAAAUGAACCCUGAAUUUACUUUACAAUCUCAGAAUGAUUCCCAAGAAGAGGAAAAGAGAGAAGAGGAGCCUCGCUUCAGUAGGCCAACUCUUGGAGAAAUAGUCAACAAGAUCAAGCCAGAAAAAGAAGAUAAUGAGAGUAUCAAAGAUGAUUUCUAUAUUUGAAUCACUGAAAACAGACAGAAGAAGAUGGUAUCCUACAACCUUGGAUUAUGGUGAUUCAAUCCAGGGUUUUGCUUCAAGCAGAUCAAGAAGUUAGGUGUUCGGUCUAUCAUAUUAACAUCAGGGACGCUCUCUCCAAUGCAGUCAUUUGCAGAGGAGCUUCAGACUACUUUUGAGAUUCAACUUGAGAACUCCCAUGUUAUCCAGCCUAGCCAAGUCUGUAUGGGUGUAUUGCCUAAAGGAGUGGAAGGAAACAAUUUUACUUUCACUUAUCAAACAAGAAAUGACGAUAAUAUGAUAGAUGAUCUUGGUCAUUCUAUCUGUAAAGUGGCUGAAAAGUCCCCUGACGGCAUGCUUAUCUUCUUCCCUUCCUACUUCUUGAUGGACAAGUGCUAUAAUAACUGGGAUAGUUCUGGCAUUCUUGACAAGUUGGAAAAGUAUAAAUCUGUUUAUAAGGAGCCUAAGAGAAGUUCUCAGUUUAAAAGCGUCAGAAGAAAUUUUGAGUCUGAUAUUGAUAACGGGCUUGGUGCAGUCCUCUUCGGUGUGUGAAGAGGGAAAGUCUCUGAAGGUCUUGACUUUUCAGACAAAGCUGCUAGGUGAGUCAUUAUUAUCGGAAUGCCAUUUGCUCAGUUUAAAGAUCCUAAAGUUGUACUGAAGAAAGAAUAUCUUGAGCAUAAAUAUUCUCAAGGAAAAUCUCACAUUAGUGGCCGAGACUGGUACAACCAAGAAUGCUCUAGAGCAGUAAAUCAAGCUAUUGGAAGAGUCAUCAGACAUAUCAAUGACUAUGGACUUAUUCUCCUUGUUGAUAGGAGGUAUGGAAAUUAUAAGGCUAAGCAAGAGAGAUCAAAGUGGCUCAGAGACCGUCAAGUUGUCUUUGAAGAUUUUGAAGAGGCAUUUCAGACAAUUGAUUCCUUCUUCGAGAAGAUGGGAGAACUCAAACUACCUCCAAAGAGCAUUAAGAAAGUCAAAAUGUUUGAUUCUGAAGAAGAGUCUAAGGAAAGCAGUCCCAUGAAUCGAUCAGUGAACUCUGAUGAGCCUCCUAAACACAAUUUUGGAGGAUUUAAGGGAUUUCACACUUGGAAGAAUCAAAAGGAUCCUAAGAGGCAUCCCAAUAAACAAGUCACUCGAGCUCCAGCUAAGGCAACUAACCGGAUAGCAGCAUUGAUAAAUAAAUCAAAUGCUAUCAACCAAGCUAAGAGAGAGUCUCGAGAGCAACAAGAGAAGGAAAAUGCUCAAAAACAACAGAAUCUUAGCUUAGAAAAACUGAAUAUGAAGAAUUCAACAAAAGUGAUUACUCCAAGCCCUGCUCAAGCUCCUCCUUCUCAUAAAGUGAAGAGUAAUUUGGCCUCAAUUCUCAAGCCUGUUGUAAAAUCUAUGCCUCCAAAGGCGAAACCUCAGAGCAGAUAUGGCCUGAAAAGCCAUUUUAAUCGGAAAAAGGCCUCAAAUGCCAGCGAAAAUGAAAGUGGCAAGAAGCUUUUACUAAGAGAUAUGAUCCAUGCUCACCAUAAAAAGGAGGAAUAAUCAAGUAUAUCACUUUUUCAAUUGUGGGGGAUUUGCAGGUAGCAAUAGCUAUCAAGGCAGCGUUUAGGUGUUUUAGUCACACUCUGUGGGAUAUGGUUAGUAAUCAUCUUAUAGAUAGCAACUCAGACUU